ACACGCGGACGGACGGACGGGAUGCACUGACCACACAGUCCACACACGCAUUAAAGAUGCUGUUACUCACGAUCUUGGCGGUGCUGAUGCUGUCGGCUUCCGGGGACUCUCAGACUAAGGGCUCAGGUAUUGCACAAUUUUGGGCGGACGACUACAAAGUUUUCGAUCAGAUCUAUGGUCGGACGUCGGACAAGCAUCUGUACGGGGUGACGCUUCCCCCCACCGUCACCUACAACCUCCCCAUAUCCCCCCUGACCCCCAAACUUGCAGCAUCAGAGAAGCUGGAGAGGUAUCUCCCCGGCCUCCACGACCUGAGUGACCUGGGAGAGGACAGGUACGCGAAACUCUUCUCCAAAUCCCUCUACGACGACAAGAAGAAGGGCUCGGCUCUCCAGUUCAUCAGCUUCUCCGACUUCAAGCCGAUCAGUGCCGACAGCGACCCUGAAACUUACAAGUAUCUGAAGGCUCUAGAACACGACAACGAGUACAAAAUAGAUUUGAAACAUUUCAACGACGAUAAGUCUAUCGAUCUUAACUAUUUGAAUUUAAGAGAUAAGCUGCACAGCUACAAAUCUCAUAAGCUCAGAGACGACGAUUCCGAAGAAAGAGAUGCAUACAGAAGUAUACAGGACAUAAUAGACGCUCACGAGGCCAACGAGGGCAAGCAGGAGGAGGAGGAUGAGGUGAAAGAGAAAAGAAAGAAACCUUCCGCGUCCAAGAACAUGAGUAAAGUGAGGUCGCUAAACGGUAAUGGACUCAAACGCCCCUGCUCCAAUGGGAGAUGUAGGAAAAGAUACGCACCGAUCGUCAGCAGGCCUUACAUCAGGAAAAUUCAUUACACGACAUAUUAAUUCAUUAACUUAAGGUAUGUUAAGAGAACA